AUGUUAGAUUUCAAUCAUUAUAUCAACUCAUGUGGUUUAAUUCCUGCUCCAAAAACUGGUAUUAAAUUCUCUUGGUGUAAUAAUAGAGCUGGUGUUAAGAGGAUACUCUGCAAUCUAGACAGAUCAGUAUACAACUCAAAGUGGUUAGAUUUAUAUCCUAACUGGGAAUAUAAUGUUGGAGCUAGGGGUGUGUCAGAUCAUGGUCCUUUAACUGGAGCAAAUAAAGAAAUAUCUAAGCCACAGAACAUUCCAUUUAAAGCCUUCAAGAUUUGGUCCACACAUGAAACAUUUAUUCAAGUAGUUGAAGCAGAAUGGCAGAAGGAGAUACAUGGCACUCCUAUCUUUGUAUAUAUGCAAAAAUUUAAACUUCUGAAAGUAACUCUCAAGAAGUGGAACUGGGAAACCUUUGGAGACAUAAAUACUAAGAUGCUUCAGGCUGACAAGAAUGUCUUACCUGCUACUAUUUUGUCUGACACUAGUCCAGAAUAUAUCUCUCUUUUGAACAAAUUGGUGUCUGCUAGAGGAACUCAAGAAAUAAUUUCAUCUCAACUAAAGGAAUUUCUUCAUCAAAAAUCCAGAGUCAAAUGGAUAAAAGAUGGAGUAGCUAACACAAGCUUCUUCCACACAACUAUGAAAAUCAGGAAUACCCAUAACAACAUUGCUGAACUUGAGACAAAUAAUGGGUCAUUAGUAGCUCACCAUGAAAUUUCUGAGGAACUGGUCAAAUUCUUUGAAGCUAAAUUCAAAUACUCAGGGGUUCAAAUGUCAUAG